AUGGACCCCGAGAAAGAUCAAACCCCAGAAGUAGGCUCAGAGAAUGACACCUAUAAGCCUCAAGAUACACAUGUUGAGAAUUUGAGGCGGGAACAAACCCACAUCGACAUCGACCAGGCCAUCCACAGGAAAUUGAACCGGAAGUUCGACCUCCACGUGAUCCCGUUCUUGUUUGGCAUAUGGCUCCUGGCCUUCAUUGAUAGAUCCAACAUCGGCAAUGCCAAGAUCGAUGGGCUGACGCAGGACCUGGGGUUGGAGACGGGCACCAAAUUCAACAUUGCUCUCCUUGUCUUCUAUAUUCCGUACAUACUCGUCGACGUGCCUAGCAACUGGAUUAUCAAGCGCGUGCGGGCCGGCAUUUACUUGCCCGCCCUGAUCACGGCAUGGGGGCUUGUGAGCACCUUUUUAGGGUUCACCAAGUCGUUUGGGGGCCUCGUUGCUGCGCGAUUGUUCCUUGGCGCUUUCGAGGGCGGCUUGCUGGGUGGCAUUAUUGUCUACCUCGCAAUGUUCUAUCGCCGACAUGAAAUGCUCUGGAGGAUGGGCAUGUUUUACUGUGCGGCUCCGCUAUCUGGCGCAUUCGGCGGUCUCUUAGCGACGGGGUUAGCGACUAUUCGUUACAAUGGAUAUAACCGGUGGCCGUGGAUCUUCUUCAUUUUUGGAAUCAUUUGUUUCUUUUUCAUGCCACACACACCGGCUGAUGCCAAGUUCCUCACCGAAGAGGAACGGCUUGCCGCCAUGGCACGCUUAAAAGAGGACGCACACGGCGCUACAAGCGUCGCUGAUGUGAAUGAAGAAAGAUUUGAUUGGCAUUGGGUCAAGAUGGCGUUCAAAGCUCCGCAGACAUGGUUGUCAUCUCUGAUCUGGUUCUUUCUCCUGGUCCCGCUCUAUAGCUUUUCUCUUUUCCUACCCACCAUCAUCACCGGGCUCGGAUAUACCAACCCUACGACCGCUCAGCUCUUUACCGUACCGCCGAACUUGGCAGCAUUUUUCUCUGUCUUGUUAACAUCACUGCUCUCGGACAGGAUCAGGGCGAGGGGACCGAUAAUGGCUGCGGGAACCAUAUUAGCCAUUGCAGGCUAUAUCAUGCUGCUAGUAGCCAAACGUGCCCAAGUUCGAUACGGAGGAACAUUCCUAGUCGCCGUGGGGGUGUAUCCUUGCAGUGCAAUGAUAAUGGGCUGGCUGUCCAACAAUCUCGCACCUCACUACGUCCGUGCGACUGGAGUAGGCUUCAUGAUCGCUUUUGCCAACUGCGCUGCGUUUCCAGCAACUUUCAUCUACCUUGCUAAGGAUGCUCCUGACUACACACUGGGACAUUCCGUGUCGCUGGGAGCGCUUGUUCUUUGCCUGAUCACUUCCGUCGUCUACCAGGUAGGAAUACAGGAAGACGCAUACACGACGCAGCCACAUGAACAAGAGCAGGUCCUGUUUUGUAGUUCAAUAGGUUAUGAGCACGGCUUUGUUGUCCUCCAAGCCUGCGCGUAUGAAGUCAUUACCUGCGAUUUUUGCUGUGAAGUUCAGGAACGUGCUCAAGUGCGCGAUUGA